AAAGAUUGGCUAUUUAAAAUUGACGACCAGCAAGGUUUAUUUGAAAAUACCAGAAAAUUUUUUGAGACCAACUUUGAAAGAGAAAAUGUAAAAUGGCUUUCCAAAUUUUAUAUAACUAUAAAACAAGAAAUUUUGCAUGGUUAUAAUUAUUUGCAAGAAUUAAGCACAUUGGAUAAAACUAAUUACAACGAAAAUCACUUUAAUGAUCUCAAUAGUUUGAUAAGUAAUUUCGAACAAGAAUUCAGUAAUUGUCAAAAGCAAUUAAUAAAGCCAGAAAUAAUAGCCAGACAUGCGAAAAUAAUUAAUCAAAAAGCACAUAAAUUUCUUGAAGAGUGUUAUACCUAUUUAAUAGAUUACAAGCAAAAACUUAAUCGAGAUAAUUACAAGGAUGAAAUUACAAAAAUUGAUGAGUUACUAGAAAAAUCCAACGAACCAGACAAAUUAAGAUUAUUUAUUGAUAUACCUGCUAAGGUUUAUGAUUUUGAAAAUUUAAUCAAAAAUAAGAUUAUUGCAAAUUAUGAAGCAUUUGUAAAGGAUUUGAAUUCAUUAAAAGAAAGUGUAAAUAAUUUGCCUGUUGAAACAGUAAAUAGUCUGAAUGAAAUCUCAAAUGAUCUGGUAGUGGUCAUGGAACAAUUAAAUGAUCCAGGACCAUAUCAUGAAUUAGCAAACAAGGCGGCUGAGCUUAUUAUCAGUGGUAAUAAUGUUAUUUCAGAA